AUGCCGUUACCACUGUGCCGGUGCCGGGUACUGUACAUUGGCAGUUCGGUACCAACCAUCACCAAAGAUGGACUUCAAGGCAUUCAACAACCAUUGAAAGAGAGAUAUCCAAUUCAGGAGUCGCCGGAUACCCGGGGUAUUGAUUCUUGGCUCUCCGUCUGGUCGAAUGGUGUCCUUUUGGAGUAUAUUGAAGGCGAGAAGAAGACGGAAACCGUAUUUUUCCCGAUUAUCACUCUGCAUUAUUGUGCCGCUGUUCGAUAUGUGAACGUUGGAGAGUUGAGUGUAGCUGGCGGCGGUGAGCAAUUCAUGCCACUGGAUUCCCCCUUUGCCAAUAUCCCACAUUCUCCCCAUCCACCGAUUUUCGCGGCCAUUUUCCGGCGGACCACUGGUGUCAAGGUUCUAGAAUGUCACGGAUUCAUUUGUACAAAUGUCAAGGCUGCAAAUGCGCUCGUUCGAUGCAUGGUCCAUGCUUAUACAGAAACUAUGCAUUUGAGAAUGGAUGAACGGAUUCCAGGUCUCAAAGCGAUCAAAGAAGGAGAAGGAUCCACAGGCGAACGUUCCCCCAACUCGCCAUCCAGUGAAAUCGAGGAGAACUCGUUUGAAGAAGACGUGCCACAUGGAAUCGAGGAGAAGAAUAUGAAGAACUGGCAAGAGAGACGACAACAGGACGGCGAGUACGAUAGCGUAUCGAUAAGUAGCAGUUUGGUGAAUCACAACAAGAAUAAGAAGGCCGCUAGUGAGACUGGCGGAAUCCGCGGAGCACUCGUUCCAUUCGAAGAGCCCAUGAGACGUGCGGGAUCUGACAACGAUUUGUCCUAUCGAGGUCCCCCAUAUGGUGGCAAUCCUCACCCCAUGCACCAUGGCUACCCCAUGAUGGCUCCACCUCCACCAUUUGGCUUCUUCCCACCACCACCGCCACGUGGCUUCGUGCCCCCACCCCAUUUUAUGGGUCGUAUGGGACCACCACCCCAUCAUUUCAUGGGUCCACCGCCCCCGCAUUUCCCCAUGGGACCACCGCCACGUGGCUUCAUGCCUCCACCACACCCUAUGAUGUUCCGGGGACCAUAUCCCCCAUUUUUCCCACCCCCGCCCCCGCAUUUUAUGCGUCCCAACUCACCACCACCUGGUGAUGGACCCAUUAUCACUGGACCCGAAUCGGUAUACGGUACCAUGCCACGUGGAAGAGCGUACGAGGAGCCGGCCUAUGUUGGAGCCACUGGAGGAUUUCCAGAAGCAUCUUAUCAGCCAGGGAACUACGGUGGCGAUGGUUAUGAGACCUAUUAUGACACUUUUAAGAAGAGAAAUGGGACCAUUAAAAAAGGAGAGUCCGCUUCCAUGGCUGCGUCGGACAGUCAAUGGGACCAAUAUGAGGCUGGGAUUUAUAGAAAACCACAUAUUAAUGAGAAAGCCUUUUCGGGAACUUUAAGAUCCAUGGCUGCCAAAGAGACCAGCAAUGCGACUUUGAAUCGAUCGGAGCACGCUGAAGUCGCAUCGCAAACUGUUGAAACUGAGAUAACUCGUCCAGACUCCCCACCAGUCGACUAUGAAGCUUUCGAGAAGCUGAAAUUGAAGGAAAAACGUGCGGCGGCGCAGGCGACAAAUUGA